ACCUUUGACAUGUAGAGUGUUGCAACUUAAUUUUUGUUGUCAUGUACUGUAUUAUAAAUAUUUUUAGUGAAUAAAUAAAAAAUAGAAUAAUAAAGGAAAACAAAGAAGAACGAUUGUUUCUUUUUAUAUUUAAGAAAGAAUAAUUUAAUUUCAUUUUUACGAUAUAAAAAUGAAAAAAGUGAAGAAAAGUAUUACUUAUAAAUAUGUAGCCUUUUAAAAAAUAAAGAAAUAAUAUUAUUACUCAUUUUUUGGUCACCAUUCAAAAUUUUAAGAAAAAAAAACUGGUAAAAGAAACCAAGAGCAUCAUUAGUGGAGGUGCUUAAAGGGGGGAGCUUAGGGAAAAAAUAAUAUAAUAGUGGAUGAGACCCACACAAAAAUUAAGCACUUGUGCUUAUUCUGCCUAAUUAAGCACCAGUGCUAGCACUGUUUUGCAGGUUCCACUGUCACGUGGUGGCCCGCGAUUGGUUCGUUUUUAAUUUUUAAUUUUUUUAAUCAGAGAAAAAAAAAAAAAAAAAAUAAUAAGUACCCCAAAUGAGGUGUUAGGAUUAAUGAUGCUCUAAGACCACUUCCAAUUUAAAAUAUGUAUUAUGUAUAUAUAUAUAUAUAUAUUUAUAUAAUAAAUAUAAAUAUUUGUUAGAUCUAUAAUUAUUUUUGUGGAAUCCCAUAAACAAAGGUUGUCAAGACUCCGAUGGGAGAUGCUCUAUUGAUUAGGUAUAUGAUACGUGGCAAAAACUGACCGUAUAUUUAGUGUGUUUCUUAAUUAAUGGAUGGAGCAAGUGUUCAGUCAGUCAUGUGUCAUGAAAAGACGUUCAAGAUGUAGAAUGAUCCGUGGCCGAUCUUGAAAAGAAUGUUAAAAAGCUUUCUAGCGGUUCCGUCAAGUUUGGGACUACUCUGAAGGACGUGUAGAGAGAUCAAUAUCGCAUAUUAUAGUAGAAGCUAUGAUGCAUUUAAAUGAACGCGUCUCAAUAAUUUACAAGAGGUGAGAGCUUAUCAAAUAUGAUCUUAUAUAUAUACAAGUAUCUGAGUAUCUGUAAUGUAAAGGUAAUUGCCUGAAUGUGAAUAUACAUGCACAAAAUAACAAUAACAACACAUUUAUCAUAAAUUCAGUCUAUAGUCUAUACAAGUAGCUUCAGAUUUCUGUUUGUAGUGUUUAUCAGUUUAUGGGGUCACAUUGUUUAUACAAAUAGCUUUUACGUUUCUGUCGGUCACCUAUUACUUGGCGUUCGAGUGUCGUACACCAUGUAUUUUCCAUGUCUUAACUCUGAUGUGAUAUCAUUAAAUGCAUGUAACGCUCUCUAGGGAUGGCAACGAUACAAUUCUCGGUAAACUGUCCAUCGCGUUACUUUAGCGAUGAAACUCAAGAUGACAAACUAUUCAUUCUUUCUCUUUAAUAUUAAAUGUCAUUCUAAUAUUUUUUUUCUUAUUACACAAAAGUAUCAUUUUAAAAUUUUAAUGCAAAUUUUAUUUACUUUUAGUUUAAAUUAAUCGCAAAGUGCAUUGAUCUUAUAAAUAAUUUUAUUUAUCUCAAAUACUAUUGGUUAAACAUGUGUAAUUAAUAGAAACCUAAUUAUAUUUUAUUCAUUUUUAAGCGUAAUUCUCUCAAAUAACUAUUUUUAAGUUUUUAUCACAAAAUAGCUCUAAAAAAAUAAAAUGACUAAAAUAGUCUUUUUUGUUUUGAAAAUUUUAAUUUUAAAUUUUAAUUUUUUGAAAUUUGAAACCCAUCCCCAAAACUCACCCCUUAACUCUAAACCCUAAGUCAAGAUUAGUUAACCUAAAGGGGUAUAAAUGCAUAUUUUACCUUUUAAUAAAACUUCUUUUGGGCAUUUUUCUCCUUGAUAGACUAUUUUUGUGAAAAUAAACUAAUUAAUCUGUGUGAAAAAUAUCAAAUUAACAUUUAUUUAGAAAUUAAACGGAAAAAGUAUAUUCUAUAAAAAACAUAUUUAUCUUUACGAUCGCACACAAUGUUCUAAUAUACUUCUUCAAUAUUUGAAGAAGAUUUUUUUAAUUUAUUUAUAUAUAUUAAGUUUUUAAUAUUUAACUUUCAUCUACUAAUUUUUAAUUUUAAUUUCAAUUUUAAUAGAAUUUUAUUUCAAUUAAUUUUAAAUUUUUAUUUCAAUUUUAAAAGAAUUUCACCAUUUACCUUUAUAAAGCAAAAUACAUGAGUUUAUAUUUAAAAUUAAUCUUUCAAAUAUAACAACAAAUUAUAAGACACCAUUUUUUAUUUAAAUACGGAGAGAGAGUGUAUAUCAAUGUAUUGCAAAAAUUAGGGCGGUCAAUAAAUGGAAGCGGUAAUUACGGGGUAUCAUGAACUGGCCUCUUAUAUAAAAUUUAAAGUCAUUUAAAGUGGUCGGUGAAAUUAAACCGUUAAUGACGGUUAGAAAAGAACAAUAAACAAUUAUACAAACGCCGUUUGUUAUCAAAAACCUCUUUGCAACCCUUUUUUAAUACCACUUUAGCGCUAGAGAGAGAGCAAUUAUAAAGAAGACACAUGGCAGUAUAAAGUGAUCAUCAGCUUUUGGCAGUAUAUCAUUAGCUUUUAAUUAAGGAAUUAAUUAUCUAUUGCUUUAAACCAUAUUCUCAGUUCCACAAAUAACGCGCACAAUCCCAAUCGAUAUCAAAUCUUCAAUUCUAAAUACAUGAAUAGAAAACUGAAGUUCCAUAUCAUUGUCACAAAGGCAUUUUUAACAAUCAAAAGCAAUCAAAAGCGACAAAUACGAAAUAUAUUAUAAUUAUCGUUAUUUUGUUUCGCCGUCACAUGACAACCACGAAAAUGAAUUUAAACGCGUUUGCUGUUACACAACACGAAUGAAUUUAAACGCGUUCUUUUAGAAUCUAAAGAGGAAAUUAAUGGAUACAAAAUGAAAAAAACAGCAGAAUUAACAAUUAAUCAAAUUCAUUAUAAUAAUAAGUAUUAUCCACUUCAGAUGUAGUCAGAAUCAAAGACAAAUGCAUCCAUGAUCCAACUCGGCGGAUUGAAAAAGGUUUAAUGUGUUUAGUUUUUGAUUCAAUAAGUUUUUGGAUAAUUACGCCAUAAUAAAAACACGAAAUCAUUUGGACAAAACAUUUUAUAUGAUGGGCCAGGCUAAAUCGAGAUAAGGCCUUGACUCACUACACUCUCUCAGAGAUUUCUCAUAACAAUGGCUCAAAGUAACCACUGCUGAUCAAGCUGUAGCCAGUAUACUAUUUACAGCCACGGAUAUAAAUCACAGGAAAAUGUAUGGUUUGAAGACAAACAUGUAUGAAAUAUAUGGAAUUGACUUUUAGACUUUAGUCAAUAUUCAAAAUGUUAGCAUUUCCUAAGAAAGUAUCCUUAUUUUAAGAUGUAUCUCCGGAGUAAUAUGGAAUCAAGGGAAAAAAGAUUUGGCAACUCUAAAUACCUUACAAUUUACGAUGUAUCUACGAGUAAUUAUUCUUUUUUUUAAAGGAAAUGAAUCGGCACUAUUAUGUCAAGUGUUUCAGAAAAAAAAGAAGAGAAUUGAGGAAAUGAAUCUGAAUAUACCAUUUGCCAGAAAUAUUUAAUCCAUGCAUAAGGUAAGUCGAAAACAAAAUAUACGAAUGUGUUUUGCUAUGCCCAUCUUACACUAUAUAUAUAUCUCACAUAUCUCACAAGUCGCAAUAUAUCAUUACGAAUGGGUUUUGCUAGAUCAGCUUGCAUGACAAUCCUCUUUCUUUUGAUAAUAUUCUUUCUUUCGCCGUCUUCGGCCGUGGACAUUCCCGUCGUAUCCCACAGUGGUCGCCGGAGCAACGUCGAGGUUGGGUUCAUCUUCCAAACGUGGUUGUCCACUCACGGGAAGAGUUAUGUCAAUGCUCUCGGAGAGAGGCAACGGCGUUUUGAGAUCUUUAAGGACAAUCUUCGUUUUGUCGACCAACACAACGCUAAGAACCUCAGUUACCAGCUAGGUUUGACUCGGUUUGCUGACCUAACCGUUGAAGAGUACGGAGGUCUUUUGUCUGGACGCCAUGAUAACGAACCGAUACAAAGGGCUCGCAGAGUCAGUCAUAGGUACGUGUCACUUCCCGGAGAUCAGCUCCCAGAGUCCGUUGACUGGAGAAAAGAAGGUGCAGUGACGGCGGUUAAAGACCAAGGCUCUUGCAGUAGCUGCUGGGCAUUCUCCUCAGUAGCAGCUGUGGAGGGAAUAAACAAGAUCGUGACAGGAGAGUUAAUCUCACUCUCCGAGCAACAAUUGGUUGAUUGCAACACCGGUAAUUACGGUUGUGAUGGAAGAGGCUAUAUGGACAUAUCUUUUAAGUUCCUUAUCAAUAACAAUAUUGGUCUUGUUUCCCAAAUUGAUUAUCCAUACAAGGCCGUUCAAGGCAACUGUAACCACAACGAGAAGAGUGCAAACAAGGUCGUUAAAAUUGACGGCUACGAGGAUUUGCCAGUGAAUGAUGAGAUGUCUUUAAAGAAAGCGGUUGCUCACCAGCCCGUGAGUGUUGGCAUUGACAAAAAAUCCCGAGAAUUCAUGCUCUAUAAAUCGGGUGUAUAUAAUGGACCUUGCGGGACACAGCUUGACCAUGCGGUUGUUAUCGUGGGGUACGGUAGUGAGAACGGUCAAGACUAUUGGAUCGUGAAGAACUCAUGGGGAACGAUAUGGGGAGAAGCUGGCUUCGGUAAGAUGGCUCGUAACAUUCAAGAUCCAGCAGGUAUAUGUGGAAUCACGCUGGUUGCUUCAUAUCCUAUCAAGAAGUAGACUUCGAAUGCAUGAGGGCAAGAAUCUAUAAUGGCACUUCUAAAGGGAACUGUAAUGAGUGUCUGGACUUUGUAGGUUUUUUAGCCAUGUGUUCUUCUACAGAUUAUGUUUUAAUUCGGCUACAAAGAUUUUAAAUAAUGUUUCAAACGUCAUGUUUUUAACCCAUUUUUCGAAGAUGAAAAGUACGUGUGAGAAUGCACUAGACAUGUUAAUCCGGAGUCCAAAUCUGCUCAGAACUAUUAAUUAUUGGACUUUAGCUUAUUUACAUAAACCCAAAAAUAAGGGCGAAAUCCAUUUGGAUUAUUGAUGUUUUGGGAUUAAGCAUCUUUGGUUUAUGGUUUCAAAAACUCACAGUUCUACAUUUUAGGUUAGAUAAUAUCAUCAUUUGUGAUUAGAGCUAUUCUUAGUAUUGACAUAUUGUUUCAAUACUCUUAAUCCAAACACUAACAAAACAAAUAUGGAAGAUGUGAUUCUACUUUUCUUUGAUCAUUACAAAAGACAUUUCAAAAUCUAUAAAUAUUCUUUCGUCAUGUAGAAUAUGUUUUUUGCCAAAAAUUCAGUGUAAGACUUUUAAAUGUGUCUGACAUAACUUUUAUUCUCUUACAUAUUUAGUUUUGAUUUACAACAUUUAAUUAUUUAAAAUAUUAUUAAAUUUGACUUAAUUAUAAUAUGAUUUCAAAGUGUAUUUGAAAGACGAUAUAUUGGAACUCAUUGUUUAUAAAAAUUUGGGUCAACGAUCUAUUUCCCCACGAGAAAUAUCAUAUAGCAUCAGAUCCCCACUAAGCUAUAACCUCGUGCUAAAUCUCCAUGAAUCGAUAGUUUUAAACCAAUUUAUCCCCGAAUCAAUAGUUCAAAACUUAAUUAUCCAUAGACAUUGGUUUUUAUCGGUUUAUUUUUAACCAAACAUUUUAAACCAACUAAACCAAAACAAAAGCCUAUUAAGUUAAACAAAAGAAAAUUUUGGUCAUCCUCUUCACGAGACAUCUUCUCCCUCUUCACCAUAGCCAUUAACCUACCAUGGCAGAAAACUUAUCAUCUCUCAUGAUAUUAAACUAAGUGUUUUGGAGAUCGGUUUCUUUCUUCUCAACCACAUUAACCAUAUACGAUGUCUUUUCUCCGCCUCUAACCCAUCCCACACUGCCUCGGAGCAUCUCCACAAUCUCACCACCUCCGCCAUGUUCACCGUAAAUCAUUAUCAUCUAUGCUUACACAGCAGCUGCAUUUGACUCUCUCUCCGAUUAGAUCUUCAAAUCUUGUCGCUCAGUUUCUCCAUCUGUUCUCGAGCAUCCAAAGACGAGAGCUUUUCUAAAGCAAGUUCGGUCUCCCCUGUUUCUUCAUUGUUAAAGAGCUCAAGUGUUGUUCAUCAUCAUCACCUUCCGGCUGAUUGCUGUUCAUCAUCAUCAACUUACAUUGGAUUGUUGGAGCCUAAAAUGUUUGGAUUUUGAGAGACAGAUUCAUUACUUGACUGAGUUCAUUGUUAAUUUGAUAUAGAAAAGGUUGGUGUAUAUAUUGAUAACGCUGCUUGUUACGUUGUUGAAGAAUAUCAUUUUUUAAUUAAUUGAGUUUUUUUAUUGGUUUAGUUGCUUUAGGAUGUUUGGUUAGGAGUUUGGUUAAAGAGUAAACCAAUUAAAAUCAUCGUGUAUGGGUAAUUCAAUUUUGAACUAUUGUUUCGGGGAUAAAUAGAUUUAGAAUUUUCAAUUUAUGGAGAUUUAACAUGAGGUCAUAGUUUGGUGGGGAUUUGAUGCUAUAUCAUAGUUCUCGUGGAGAAAUAGAUCGUCAACCCUAAAAAGGAAUUUAGAUGUUUCAAAAUGAGAGAAGUGUUAGACACAACUAUAGUAAAUUAUCCCGAAAAGUCUAAAAAUCCUGAAAACCCUAUAGUCCUAAUAAGACAGGACCAAAUUUAAAAAUAUAUGUGUAAAAUAUUUUUAGAACGGACCAGACCUGAUUCAAUAUUCAUAUGAUUUGCAUGUUUUAGACAGGCCGAGUUGACCAGCUCAAUUGACAUCUCUAUAACGCACACAUUUUUUUUAUGGAAAACUUAUUGUAGGGCUGGACAUAUUUUUCGUAAAUUUUGAUUUGAUCCAUUAUUUGUUUUGAUAUGAUAAUAAAUGAAUGUUCGUAAAUUUUUAAAGCAAACUAAAUACUAAAAAUUAAUAUCUUAGUCUGAGAAAUGUUUUAAAUCAAGAAAGAAAAUAAGAUCUUUAUAGUUGUACCCAAUUUCUAGAUUUAUUUGUUUUAAACAAAAAAUGUGAAAUAUUCGCAAGCAUUCACAAAUAUCUACUAAUAUCUAUUAAUUCUUCAGGUAUCCUUAUUUUUGAAAUAUCAAAAAUUAGAAAAUUAGAUAUUCGUUUUUGUUUGAUCAACAGUUUGAUAUUCAUAUAAUCUGGAAGAAACCACAAAUACUGAAAUUUUGCUAGUUUUCAAUCUGUGCACACACCUAAAAUAUUGUAGUCUUUUAUGCUACUAUGAGUUUGAUUUGUGUUGGAGUUGAAUUUUGGUUAGGUUAUAUAUCGCAGUUGUGAACCUUCUUUUUCAUUUUCAGAUGUGAACCUUUCUUUGCAAGAAACUGAUAUUAUUUUAUUUGACUUGUGUUGUGUCUUAGCCAAAUUAAAGUCUCUACUUGUCAUUCCCAAACAUUUUGUCUAUGUUCUCUAAGUGUAAUAACCUUAUUAAGUUUGUCGUUAUAUUUUGUUUCACAUGAAAAAGAAAUAUCAAAUGAGAGGAGAGUUUUCGGUGUCCAAAUAGUCAACUAGUAAGGGUAAUACCUUCUUGACAUCGACAUCAACGCAAAUCCGAACUUAAAUCAUUCAUUUGUAAAGAAAGUUUGAAUCUCUUGCAUGAGUAGAUUAAUCAAGUGGUGAACUGAUACCUGAUUACCAACCACACGGAUAACUGAUGUUUGUUAUUGAUGUGUAUCUCGAACUGAAUCUCAAAUGGAUCUUGAAUGUUUGCUCGACGAACCUUGAACCCAAUUUCACUCAAAACAUUCUUUUAAAUUUCCAAUAUGAAAUUUUGACUCGUUCAGUCUAGAUGAUGUUACGGGGGAUAAUUUAGAGAAAACGAUACGUAUCUUUCAAACUAAAUAUGUUGAACUAGGACUAUUACAGUUCAGUUAUAAAAGUAGAGUCUGAAAUUUGUGAAUCUUAAAUAUAAUAUAUCUAAAUAUUACUAUAAUCUGAAUCAAUUAAUUGUUGUCAGAAUAUGAUUUCUAUAGUAUUCUUCUGUUUGAGUUCUUAUGAAUUUUAAGGAUUUUACUGGUCAAUAACAGUUAGGCUAUAAAAUAUUCAUCUUACUCCUAAGUUAUCCCUAACACUAGUAGACUUUAACAGCCUACGAGUAAAAUCCUUACUUAGGUCAAUAAAUUUCAAUUUCAAAACCAAUUGGUAAUGGAAUUGACUCAUAUCCAGGGUUGCAUCUAGACAUAUAUUUUGGAAUAUUCCCUAAAACAUAUGAUUUGGCCCGAAUGAAUUAUAUAGACAGAUUGGUUGACUAAUAUAAACAAGAUAACGCCAGACUCGCUUGGUUGGUUGCGGUACUGCAUUGUUUACGACCAAAACUCCAAAAAAAAAAAACCCAAAGACAUCGUAAUACACAUCUAUUAAAACAACUUUCUGUUAGCGAUAGAUUUCUUUUUCGUCACUAUAUAAAAAUUUGAGUUGAUUACACUAUAGGUCACAUUCUCGAUUUGCCUUACAUUCAAAGUCACAUUUCACAUUAGAGACAGUUUCCCUUGCUUGAAGUUAAAUUUCAGAUAAUAAUGCCCUUAAUGAAAGGGAAAAGAAAAUCGAUUUGGUUUCAAGAGAGAGAAAGUGUGUUUUCAAAAAAAUACUUUUUUUUUUUAUUAUUAUUAUUAUUUAGUAUACCUCUUAAUGUUUUGUUUUAUAUAUUUUUAAAAUUAAAGGUAUAUAUAACUAAUUUAUAGAUAUGAUAAAUUUUAUGUUUUUCUAUUCUCUAUAAUUUGAUAUCCACUUUGAUAUGUUUUUUGUAAUAUUUUAAAAUCUAUAUAUAUAUACAUACACAAUAAUUGUAAUGUGUGGAUGUGGACGUGAACAUGUACACGUAUUGAAAGAAUGCUAAUUCAGGUUUGUGGAUAUAGAAACUAAACUAGUAUACCGUUCUGUUAAUAUAUUACAUAGGGAUAUUGUCAUGCAGGUUGUGGAUGAGCACUGCUAUCAUACACAAUAUAGCAUGGUUGAGAAGAUGCAUGCGCAAUGUGAUUGUCCACAAGGGUAGGUGUUGACAACGCAUGUGUGGACAUGGUCUGUGUAGACAAUGAUCUAAUUUCAGGUUCCGGAGAAACAAAUCAUUUAUGAUGAAACCAUAAACAACACAACCAUCCACGAUACUUUCAUCCGUAAUAGUUGUCCACAAAGUUCUCAUCCACGAUGCUUCCAUACACAAUGAAUCCAUCCACAUUGAACUUCUUUCAUCUUAUUUUCAUGUGGACGAGUUCAUAUCAAACUUUAUUUUUUCAAUUUAUAUAUUUUCUGCUUUUCCUUAAACUUACAAUUUUGGUGGAUGAAGUUUGUUUUGUGUAUAAGAAGUUUGAUAAAAAAAUGUUGUGUAUAAAGUUCUGUGGACAAGGUUCUGCGGACGAGGUUCCAUGGACAAGGUACAUUUAAUUGUAGAUGCAAAAAAAUAGAUGGUUGUUGUGUGAAUCCAAUAACAAAACAUCUGGAUUCUUUUUUAUUUUUUUUAAUUUUCGAAUUGAUAAAGUGGGAAGAAAAAAUGAGAUGGCCCACAUGUUGUUUUGGUAAUUCAACUGAACCAUAGAUAGUUUUGUUAUUAGUUGGAGGAUAUUAAUGUCUUUCGUCUCAAGUGUAAAGUGGCUUGAAAUCUAAUAGCAAAGUCAAAAAGUGGUACAGAGGGUAAAUUUUUCUAAAAAGUUUACAUCAAAGUUUGAAUUUAAUUUGUUUAACGUAGAAUAAUGGCUGACCCAUUUAGUAGUUAUAAUUUUACGUAAACAAUCUUCUUAUACUAUAAAGAAGAGGGACUCUCUCACGGGAAGGAGACACGUCAGAAAAUCGGUUAAUCACGUUGCGACACCUGUCCCCUUGCUUUAAACGUUGCGUUCCAUUUAUUUGAUCACGGGUUUCUUUUCUUAUUCUGUUGGGCUGCCUCCACAUGAUCAGGCCCAUCUAGCUCUACAAUCACUAAACGUUGUGUUUUCAAUUAGUGCUCGGAGAGUCUCUCUCUCUCUCUCUCGCGUCUCCACCCUUCCUCCAUUGCCAAUCUUUCGUCUUCCUCCUUCUUCUGGUGGGAGAUGAAGCAGUAACCGAUACCCCCUCAUAAAGCCCUCCUUAAUCAAUUACACACGAUUUUCAUUCAAUGCGAUCCUGGAGAGUGCAAGGCUGUGGAGGCUCUGCUAUAAAAAGGUACGAGUUCAUGCUUUCAUAAUCAUCCUUCGUUCUAAACCAAUCAGUAUACAAAAUUUUGAGUCAUGGCUAACGGUGUGGUCUUACUCUCCGAUCUUCAGACUGGCCGCUCCUCCUCCUCUGUUCAAGUUCGCCUCCUCCGAUUUUGGGAGGCCAGAUACGUCCGGCGUGGGGGAGAGCUUAUGAAAGUCGACAUGCUCCUUCUAGAUUCUCAGGUUAUCUGUUUACUAUUAUUUUUGUUUAGAUUCUCAGAUAAUAAUAAUUCAUUGUGUUUUGGAGUUCUUGCUGUAGAAUAAUGGCUGACCCAUUUCGCAGCUAUUGAUGUUUGAUAUUUUUUUUUUCUAAUCUUCGUAUUUUUACGGCUGAGAAAAUAAACCGUUUCAGACAGUUAGUUGAUGUUUAUAUAUGUUCCACCAUGCUGGAUCCAUAUUACAAACUUCUUUCGUACCUAUUUUUUGUUUUUUCAACUGAGGAAUUCUCAGCUUUGAUGAUUUCGUUGCUUAUAUUUCAGGCGACUAUGAUGCCGGCGAAGCUCACAGAGCAGUGGAAAUGGUUUGAUGGUAAAAUAUUAUAUCAGUUUAUGUACAGGGUCACUGUUUCUGUAAGUUGUUUUAAGCUCUUAGUUUUAAGUUUUAAUUUUGAUUCUUACACUAACCAAAUUUUGUUCUUGAUUCAUAUUAUUGUCUGUGAUGUUGUUGUGGUGAUGUUAAUUUAAAAUAUUUGGUUUAUGUUAGCAUUAAAGCGAAACAAUGCAUCAUCUCGCCCUGGAGAUCAUUGGUGUUGGGAAGAAGAAGCUUUAUGCAGCCAAGGUUGAACUUCAAGGAGUCGCAGGAGUUCAAGUCUGCCAAUGACGUUUCCCCUACCAUUACUCCCUUCUAUCUUGGCUGCAAAUAAGGUAUGACCACGAACAUUACAUAUAUGUAUGCAAGACAUAUAUUAAUCUUAAGGAAAAUUUUGAUCCUGAAAAUUUGGUUUCUGUGGACAGAUGACCAUGAAUAUAGAAGGAGAUCAAUUCCAUGAAAUGAUAAUUUCUCUUUGCAAAACUUGCUCUGUUUCUCACUUUGGCGUUGUUGGUUUUCUCAGGGCUGUGUUUGAUCCAAUGGAAGGAUUAUAAUACUUUUACGCACUAGCUAUCUAUGGAAUGACCCGAGAGAGCAAAAUGAUGGAGCAUCAAGGAUCACAUAUGAUGUGGAGAUGAAAUGAGCUUAUUGCUAAGAACUCUGUUCUUCUUCCCACCUACUCAUUGACACGAAUCUAGGCUGCUGUUUCAUACCUGAUCUUGGGUCAUUUGUGAGAUUCAACAUGUUGGUAACAGAGCUACUUCGAUAGAUCCAUCAUCACCCGAUUGUACGACGAACAACAGCAAUAUCGACAGAAGCCUGAAAACAGAGAACAACAAAAACUCAAAUCUUUGAAGAGAAAUAGAGACAAGACAGGAAGUCACGUCCUUAUUGUUGACCAUCCUCACAAUGAUUCUGAGAUAUGAAGUUUCAAGCUCAUAUCCGAUGAGAAUCAAUGGAAGUCUAAGAAACCAAGAACAAAGAAAGAAAGAGUUGGUUCUUCAAAGAUCAGUUUCCAACAUUCAACUUCUUUGUAUGAUAGUGUCGAGCCAUAUGCAGAGGCAAUUGCACAUAUGAAAGAUAUAAUAUACAAAACGGCUGCGUUUAGACAGGUGAAUAUUCCAUUGUUGAAGAUAAUGGAUCAGAUGAACUUUAUGAAGACCAUUAUAACUUUUUACUUUUAAUUUUCGGACCCAAUAGUUUAUUUGGAGUUGUUAGUGUGUGCUUUUUCUAAGUCUUAAACUUUGGUUUGAACCGUCUGUUUAAUUAACGCAAGUCAUUCUCAACGAAUUACAUAUUUUAACUUCGGUAGUUCAAGUUAUCGUUGUGAUAUUCAAAACUUGGAGCAUCGUUACAAUGAUAAUUUGGGUCUUAUAUCAAUACUUUUAAAAACAUAUGAUUUACAAUGCUUCUUAAGGUUACAUCUCAGGAAAAAAUAUCUUCAGAUGCAAGUUAAGCAACUCUUAACCCAAAAAGCUCAAAAAUUUUAGUGAAGUCACUAAAAAUUUAUUCUACACAUAAGAUUACAAACCUUUGCCUCUACAUUUUAAUAUUAAGUUAGUCAUUUAUAUUUAUUUCAAAACUUCUAAUCAAUAAUAUUGAUAACAUUAACUUCGUUUCACAUAUAAUAAUAGUUUCAUAUUAUCUAGGGCAAUUCUCUAGAAUAAACUUUUUUAAAUUUUUUUGUCACAAAAAUUGAUCUCAAAAAAUAAAAUGACCAAAACAGAUUUUUUUUAUUUUUAAAAUUUUAAAAUUUUUUAGUUUUUAAAAUUUGAAAUAAUAUCUCCAAAAUCCCACUCCUUAACUCUAAACCCUAAACCCUAAAUCAUAAACCAUAAACUCUAAAUUCUAAAUCCUUUUUUUUUUUGGUCAAAUCCUAAAUUCUAAAUCCUAAACCUAAAAACACACCCCUUAAUAAAAUAUUUUGGUCAAUUUGAUAUUUGGGGUCUAUAUUUGUGAUAAAAAAUUUUUAUACUAUCCUAGAGAAUUUUUCUAUUAUCUAUUUGUCUGUCUUAAAAUAUUUUAUUUAUAAUAAAACAAAUUAUUUCUUUCUUAUCACAUAAAUCAUUACUUUUUCAAAAAUGGUAAAAAAAAACAAUUAACAAUUAUAUAAAUAAGAGAGGAUAGUAAUUUUAAAAAAGAUUAUAAAGUUGUAAGAAAAUAUUAAUUUUACAAAAAAUUGAUAUUAGUUGUCAGUAUAAUUAAACUAAAAUAAACAUCGAGAGAAAAUAAAUUAUUA